AUGAAGGGCAUCCUCGUUGCUGGUGUCAUUAUAGUACUUGCUGUUGCAGCUGUAGAAUCCCUGGACUGUGUGCAGUGUAAUUCAUGGGCAAACUCCUGUGCCAACAGCCGUGUCUCUGAAUGUCCCUCAACUGACAUCAGCUGUAUCAGUUCCUCGACCAACUCUUCUCUGGGGGGAGCCAUCAGGUUGUACCAGAAUAGCUUCUGCUCUGCAGAGAACUGCAGUGAAGAGACAAACAAUGUGGCCUUCUCUAUCUACGUUUCCGAUGAAGAACACUUCCACUUUGCAAGCCAGUGCUGCGAAGAACAGGAGUGCAGCACCUCCGACAACUCCUUGGCCCCCUCACUGGGAGAUGUAUCCAGCACCGCAGAGUGCCCUGCCUGUUAUGGAUCUAACGAGAGUGUCUGUCUUGAGAACACACAGACAUGUCAUGGAGAACAGUGUGUCUCUCUAGUUGCAGAAUUUAAAAAUGAAACUGAGUCUAGGAUUCUCGUACUGAAAGGCUGUUCUAACAUCAGUAACUCCAUCUGCCAGUUCCUGUCUGCUGGAAACCAGACAGUCGGAGGGGUCAUCUUCCAAAAGUUCGAGUGUACAAACGCCUCCUUAAACCCCACUUCUACACAGCCUGGAAAUGCCUCCUUAAGCCCCAGUUCUAGUCCGGCUACAAACACCCCUUUCAGCUCCACUUCUGUACUGACUACCACCCCCAACACAGGCUCCAAGGCCUCCCUUGCCUCCUUGGCACUUGCCACCCUCCUUCUGUUGGGGCUGCUGUUCUGA